GUAGAUCGUAGAUCAGUUCUACUUGAGAUCGUGUUGGGAGGCAAUGUUGUGAUUCCGGGCUGCCGCUUAUUUUUCAUUAUAGUUUUAAUUAGAGUAAAUAACAGAGUCAGAACAAUGAAUAUUAUUGCUAGAACUAUCGGAAAUUUAGCAAAAACAUGCCUUGGAAGGACUGUCGAAGGCAAUUCCUUAGCGUUGGCUAGACAGAAUUUCUCAGGCCUCCCAGCAGCCAAUGGAAGUAUAUUAGCAGAAGCGAGGAAAUAUUUGGAAAACUCAAUGCUAGGACUCCAGCAGAUCCGCGAGAAGAACACCCUGCUGAAGAUGCACGAGCGCGGGCCGAUAAUAAAGAAGCGCAAGAGCAAGAACCCGUUCAACGGCGCGCCGUUCGCGAAAGGCGUGGUUCUCAAGACCCUCAUCAAGAAGCCGAAGAAGCCGAAUUCGGCCAACAGAAAGUGCGUCCUCGUGAGGCUGUCGAACGGCAAGGAGAUGACCGCCUACAUUCCCGGUAUCGGGCACAACUUGCAGGAGCACAACAUCGUUCUCUGCAGGGUCGGGAGGUGUAGGGACGUUCCCGGUGUCAAGAUCAAGUGCGUUCGUGGAAAGUACGAUCUCGCGCACGUCGUCAAGAAUAGGAGCUGAGUCAUUUUUUUUGUUUGUUUAUAAAUGUUGAGUAAUAAUAAAACGCGUCGUCGAUUCGAAUGCA